GAUUGUUUCAUGGUGAUUGGAAGUGUUGUCUUAAGGGAAACUUUCUACAAUCCGGCUUGAGUGACAUAGCAACGGAAAUGUGCUGAAUUUCCUUGUAGGAUGCAAUGUGAUUAGAAUUUAUUAUCCCACCCACUGAUACAUUUUUCUCGUUGUCUGUGAAAAUUCUUGUGCAGAGCCCAGUUUUAUUGCAUUCUGCCUGGCAGUGAGAUCUUUUGAACAGGAAAGAACCAAGGGUUACAUGUGAAUUUCCGCCUCUAUUUCUGCCAUGCAAUGUGAAAAAUUCUCGCAAAGAGCAAAGUGUAUGGGGAAAUUUGUGUAAAAAUGUGCUACAUUUGAAAAUUUCAUGUGCAGAGUGUGUGACGUGAAAGGAGGAUAUUUUUGAGAGAAAGAAUUGCAAGUGGAAAAUUCUGCAACAUUUUCCUGUAAACCCCCCUGAAUAGAGGAUGCUUCAGCUUUUCCAGUUUCAAACUGAAAGAGCCAACAUCAUGCUUCCAAGGUGGAGCCUUCUGUGGAUCUUCCUGUGGACUUUAAUUCUCCACGGAGGUGAAUGCAAUCUUCCACCUGUUUUCACCCAGGAUAUGAAUAAUCUAGCCCUGUCAGAAUCUACUCCUGUGGGAGCGAUUGUCUACCAAUUGGAAGGAUACGAUCCGGAGGGCGAAGAGAUUUCCUUUGGUCUCGUCGGAUCAGAUAAUUUCAUGGUGAAUCCGAGAACAGGAGAAGUGGAAAUCGUUAGAGCACUGGACCGUGAGGAUCAGGACACACUCCACUUCCUUGUCACCAUCAAGGAUAAAGUGAACAGUACAGAAUCUGAGAAUGAUAAUCGUGUCGAGGUGCCAAUCAGUGUUAUUGUUCUCGAUGAGAAUGACAAUGCUCCGGAAUUUCAGAAUGUGCCAUAUGAGACGGAAGUUCUGGAGGAUGCGGAAGUGGGUACGACGGUCUUCGACAAGAUUCUCGUGACAGACAAGGAUAUAGUGGGUGAGAAUCUGGACAUAACAUGUGUACCCAACAGUCAGAAUCCAGACGCUUGCACAGUUUUCACAUUGAAAAUCCUCAAGAGUGAACAGGAUAUUCUAAGGGCAGCUGUGGUGCUUGCGGGCAAACUGGACUAUAAUGAACGGAUGAUUUAUCAGAUUGAGCUCAAAGCUACGGAUGAUGUACACAUUUCAACAGCAAGUUUAGAGAUCAGAGUCAAAGAUGUUCAGAAUUCACCACCCGUAUUUCAAGGCUCAUUGGCAUCGGUAAUCAAUGAGGAUAGCCCCAUAGGGACCCUUGUGAUGACGAUUCAAGCAAGGGAUGGUGACCGGGGACAACCCCGGAAGAUACUCUAUGAAUUAGUCUCAAAUCCUAUGGAUUAUUUCCUGCUGGAUUCCAAGACAGGGGAAUUGAGGACAGCAAAGCCCCUUGACAAGGAAGCCCUACCGGAUGCCACAGGUCUCGUGUCCCUUACAGUAAGGGCUCGGGAGUUAGUGGAUGGGCAACCAGGGAAUGACCCAUUAACCAUGGCGACUACCCAAGCCUCCGUUACGAUUCGCGAUGUCAAUGACUCUCCGCCAACUUUCAACCAGAAGGAAUACUUUGUAUCCCUCAAUGAGAACACAGCUCCAGGGACGCCUCUUCCUCUUGAAAUGAGCGUCUCAGAUCCGGAUGUUGGCCAGAACUCAAUCUUCUCCCUGAGACUGAAUGACGUCUCAGGAGUGUUUGAUGUUGAACCGAAACGAGUUGUAGGGUCAUCUCAAGUCAGCGUUCGAGUGGCCAAUGGUACUCUGGAUUAUGAGAAUCCCAAUCAGAGGAAAUUCAUCGUGCUGAUAAUUGCCGAGGAGACAGACACUGAACCCAAACUUUCCUCAACUGCAACCCUUACAGUGUCCGUAACCGAUGCCAACGACAACCGUCCAACUUUCGAGCAUGACUCCUACUCUGCCACUGUCUCAGAAACUGCCCAUCCUGGCCAACUGGUGACCACAAUAACAGCCAGGGACUUGGAUUCUGGAGACUUUGGAGAUAGGGGCAUUCGGUAUUCCUUGUCAGGAACUGGAGCUGAGUUGUUUCAAGUAGAUGCCAUAACAGGAGCAAUCACAGUGGCGGAAUGUCAUCCGGAUCAAGGGAACAGGAGACGUCGAAGGGACUUGCCGAUGAAUUCAUCUGAGGAGGAUGAUCCUCUCAAUGACGCCAAGAACGUUAAUAUAACCUACGUUGGUCAGACGGGGGUGCUACCGGUAGAAAUGUCCAGGACAGAGUCAACAAAGGACUACGUCACCUACCAAGUCAGUGGAACGGACUAUCAAGACUUGUUCCACUCAGCCAGUGGGGAACAUCAGAACUCCAUCCUCGGGGAUUCCAGAGAAUCCUUCGAAACCUCAACAUUCCCUACAACAGAAUCUCCACUGGAAGUUACAACCCAAGAAGGAGAAACCACAACGGAAGCCCCAGCCGUUCCGCCAAAGUUUGGACCAGGAAAGGCUCCUUGUUUGGAUUAUGAAACCCAUCCUGUCUACUACCUCUCCUACCGAGCCAUUGACGAUCUAGGAAGGGGUCAAACCUCAGUUGUUUCUCUCAGAAUCUCCCUAAUGGAUGCCAAUGACUCUCCGCCUGUUUGCGAGAGUCCCAUCUAUCGGGCAUCCCUGGACGAAGGGGCGACCUUCUUUGAUCCUCCGCUAUUCGUCAAAGCACGCGAUCCCGACGCAAUGUCCGAUAUUACCUACAAAAUAAUCGGAUCGGAAACCAUCCAGUCGCUCUUCCUGAUCGACAAACGAUCCGGGCAGCUGAGUAUCGCGAAGAACGUGACUCUGGAUGUCAAUCACAUCCACUCGGAGAAUGUCAGGUUCCCAGUAGAGGCCAGCGAUGGACUUUUCAGCACCCUCUGCGAUGUUAACAUUACAAUCCGGGACGUGAACAACCAUGCUCCUCAGUUCUCAAGGGACUCCUACGUAGUCACUAUAGCUGAAAACUCCCCCGUUGGAACACCAGUUGAAAGGGUGGAAGCUCAGGACCUAGACACAGGGAUCAACGCAGAGAUUCGGUAUCGCCUGCAAUCCGGAAGUUUCGAUGACUUCGCCAUUGACAAUCGAACCGGGGUGAUAUCAAUUGCAAGAAAACUCGACUUUGACCGAAGGAAUACCUAUCAAAUGGAAGUUGUAGCUUCGGAUCUAGGAACACCCAGCCUCUCAGGAUCCUCUACUGUCACCGUCAGCAUCCUCAAUAGCAACGACAAAGCUCCCUAUUUCACUCCUGCCACGCAGAGAGCAGAAAUUGCGGAGGAUGCAGAAAUCGGGACAGUUGUUCACACCCUCGUGGCCAUUGAUCCAGACAUUGUGUCCAGGGAGGCACUGGAUUAUGCAGCAACUGAACCCAUCACAGCUGUGGACAAAGAUGGGAAGGAAGUGCAGACGGGAAGUGAAGAUUUCAGGGAUGUAUUCAGUGUGGACAAACAUGGAAUUGUGAAAGUGAACAGGAAGCUAGAUAGAGAUUUAUUUGCAGUCAUUCGAAUCACAGUGCUCGUGACAGACACAACAGCCCCAUCAAUUCAGCAGGGUCGAGGACUCCUUGUCAUUACCAUCAUCGACGUCAAUGAAUUGCCACCGGUCUUUGCAUCCCCAUGGACUCCGUCAGAGCCAAAGUACACAUUCCAGAUGAGGGAAGAACAGCCACUGGGGACAAUUUUGACCACGCUCCAGGCAACUGAUGCGGAUUCAACAGUUGGAAAAUACCAAUUGGAGCAUGGAAAUGAUUUCUUUGACAUCGACGAAAUCACUGGUGUAAUCCGGACAAAGACUCGCAUCGAUUACGAGAGUAUCAAGAGUAUCCAUUUCAAUGUGACUGUAACAGAUACUGGGAUUCCUCAGCUGACUUCCACAGCCAUGGUAACAGUGGAUGUCAUCAAUGAGAAUGACAAUGACCCAGAAUUCAAUACCACUGAGUAUCGUUUUGAAAUUCCGGAGAAUUCUCCCCGAGGGACAAUUAUUGGUCGAGUGGAAGCUUCUGAUGCAGAUGAGGGAGCUUUUGGGGAGAUUGUUUACAGUCUGGUGGGAGAGCAGAGUUCCUAUUUCAGUAUAGAUCCUGACACUGGAGUCAUUGUUGUGCAGGAUGCUUCUGGGUUGGAUAGAGAGCGAGAGCCUGAGAUUUCAAUUACAGUUGUGGCCAUGGAUAAAGCUCCAUCGCCCACGCGACGUUCGACGGCAAUUCCUGCCCACAUCCGGGUUCUGGAUGUCAAUGACAAUGCCCCGACAUUCACUCAGAACAAAUUCCAAGCCACAGUGGCUGAAAAUGCUGCCCUCAAUCCUCCAGCAGCGAUUCUCCAGGUUACAGCAACGGAUCCGGAUGAGGGAGAUGCAGGGACUGUUAAGUACUUCAUUUUGUCUGGCAAUGAUGCAGGAAUGUUUCGACUAGAUCCCAACACAGGGAUUCUCUAUCCAGCUAUUGAGCUGAGCCACAAGAAAGGACACUAUCAUCUUCAUGUCGAAGCCAGGGAUGGUAAGGGUGCAGGACCUUAUUCAGACACCGCAGAGAUAGCCAUUGAGGUCAGUAGUGUCAAUCAGCAUCGUCCGGAAUUCAUAAUGCCAGCUCUCAAUAAAGCCCUCAUCGAAAUCCCCUUCAACGUGGUGGAACCUGAGUAUCUGGUCAUGACAGUCAAGGCGACGGACGAAGACAGUGGAUUGGAUGGGAAGGUAACCUACCAUCUUCAGGUGAACAAUGACAAUGUUCAGGAAACUGAGGAGUUCGCAAUAGAUGAGAUCUCCGGGGAAUUGCGAACAAGGAAGCAACUCGAGAGGAAGAAACAGUCAAAGUACGAGCUGAUUCUCGUGGCCAGAGACCGGGGUAAACCCAAACGCUUCGAAACUCUGAGAUUCCUCACCAUUCUUCUGGUGGACAUCAAUGAGAAUCGCCCAGAAUUCCCAGACGCUUCCAAUCCCUACAAAUUCUUCAUAGCUGAGAAUCGUGAGAGAGAUGUGAGAAUUGGAAAAAUUCAAGCUAUGAUCCAGGAUCGCAGUCACGAUGAUCCACCCACAAUCUACUACUACAUCAUGCUCGGAAAUGAAGAAGGAGCUUUCUACAUUGACAAAACCAGUGGAGACAUCUUCACAAACAAAUCCCUGGACAGAGAACUCACAGAUUCCUACAAUCUCUUCAUCCUGGCCAGCAAAAAGCCCGAUUUGGUCAUUACGGACGUUGACAGAGAGGGAUAUUCCACAAAAGCUCUGGAGAGGGACAGCACAGUGGCUAAAGUUUGGAUUACAGUCCUCGAUGUCAAUGACAAUCCUCCAAUUUUCUCUCCAGAGGUUUACUACGCGGGUGUUAGUUCAAAGGCCAAGAUUAACGAACUGGUGACUCUUCUGAACAUCACGGACAGCGAUUUAGGAGCCAAUGCAACGAUGGAACUCAUUAUUGCAUCUUCAAAUCUCUACAAGUUUGGCUCUAGCAAAUCCACAGGAUCAAUUGUCCCAAGUCCAUUUGGAAUUUCCAAGGAUGGACGUUUAACGACAGCAACAUUCAUGGCUGAGUACAAUCAGGAUCGAUUUGUCCUGGAGAUUGUGGCUAAGGAACAGGAAGCACCAGAGAGAACAGCCAAAGCCACAGUUAACGUUUGGGUUUUCAAUCCUGAACAACUUGUACGAGUGAUUCUGUCCAGGCCACCUUCGGAGGUCAACCAGGAGCGAGAUGAAAUUGUGUCUGAAUUGUCAAAUGCAACGCAAAAGAGGAUAAUUGUGGAUGAGAUUCGAUACCAUGUGGAUGCAAUGGGAAGGAUCAGAAUGGAUUGGUGUGAUCUCUAUUUCCACGCAGUGGAUCCGGAGACCAGGAUGAUUGUCUCCGUGGAGGAAGUGCUUAAAGUCGUAGAUGCACAUUAUGAUUUCUUGAAGGAUUACUGCGCAGGAUUUGCAAUUGAAAAUGUCGUUCCUGCUCAUGCUACUUAUGUCCAAGAGGAGUUCGAUUUGGCUCUGGCAGCUCUGAUAGCACUCCUCAUUGUGCUAUUUGUAGGAGCUGUCAGCUUCAUCGUACUCUGCUGCUGCCUCAAGCACUGGGUCAUCUCCAUUCCCAACGAAACUCGCCGGAAGGAUGCCCUUAUCAAGAAGCAAAUCAUCGAGGAUCUCAAUACCACGGAGAAUCCUCUCUGGAUUGAACAGAAACUGAAGCUGUACGAGGAGCAAGAGUUAACGAUGCAGGUUUUCUCAGAGCCCGAAAUUAUGAGCACGAACAAUUCAUCAAGUCAACAAGAUGGAUUGCCGCUGACGCUCAAUCGCAGGGAUUCUUAUGAGACUUCCCAGGGCGGAGGAGACAAUACUUACGCCACAAUCCAACCCAGGAACAUCAGUUCUCAAGUCGGAGACACUUUGGCGGAUUACGCCACCCUCAGGAAUCCCAGUGGGGUUCCAUCGAUGUACGAAUUUACGGGGUCAACAUUCCAAGUUCCUCAGCGGGAUCGUUCGGAUUUCGUCACAGAACUAAUUUGACACUAAAAAGGCCACUCUCCUGGAGCGAGCGACAGAGUCAGCAGAUAAAAUAAAUUUUAGUCUCUAUUCUUCUAAUUUUCCUCCCAAGUUGCUGGAAUUUUUAUAUCAACGACAAUAAAUUAAGAGAAAGAAAAUUCAUUUAUUUAUUUAAAAAAAAAAAAAACAAAACCGUUGAGAAAAAUUGGUGAGAAUGCGCGUGAAUGGUAUUGUACGCAAAAGAAAUGUCCCUUUAAAUGACUGAUAGUAGGUAGAAUUAUUUUUAUAAAAACAAAAAAACACAAAUUAUAAGAAAAAGUAAAUUAAAAUUGAAAUAAUCGCACUAAACAUGAGAUGUUUUCGAUAAAUAUUAGUAACAAUGUAAAAUAGUAUUUGAAUGACAUCACAUUUUUUGACUAUAAUUAUUAUUGUGGAAAGAAAAAAAUCUAUGCUAUUGUUGCCAGAAAAAAAAAGUAAAUUAAAUGUUGAAGAAUUGGACAAAAGAGAAUUUAAAAAAAAACUCGCCGAAGAGAAGAAAAAAGAAAAUACUCUGCGUGUAAUUGUAUUUAAUAAAUCUUUUUUUAUUACCUUUAUUUCAUGUCUUAUCCAAUUUAACUUCCACUAUCUUUUUUUUUAAUUUUUUUUUGUGAAUAAAAUCUUUAUUUUUUCUAUCAUUAAAAUGUUCUCUCACAUUUUCUUCUUCUCUAAAAAAAACAAUUAGUAAGAUUUUUGCUAUAAAAGUGUUGGAAGUUGAUUGUGCAACAAAUAAAUUAAGAUAUUACAAAUA